GGGCUUGGGCUGCCUGUUAGCUGGGAAGAACUGACAUGAGGGCAACUGAGGUUUGUUGGCAGCGGUACUCAUCCUGUUUCAGGCGGUGUGAGGUUAACGCCAGCUGCCUUUUCUCUGAUUAGGGAUUCGCCUAAAAUAAUGCUAAGAGAAAAUCAGGUGAUGGACGGGGGGCCGGAAUGGAAGGGGCAUCUGUGGUAUGCCAGGUUAUUUAGUUAAUCACAGCAGCCUUCCAAGAAAGCUGAUACCGUCAUCUUUUUACGGAUGAACAGAGUGCAGCCCAGAUCAGAUGAUCAUCCUGGCUCACUGGCUGUUGACGACCUGGGGCUGCCUUGUGUUCUUCAGCUCGUAUGCCUGGGCCAACUUCACCAUCCUGGCCGUGGGCGUGUGGGCCGUGGCUCAGCGGGAUUCCAUUGACGCCAUCAGCAUGUUUCUGGGUGGCCUGGUGACCACCAUCUUCCUGGACAUCGUCCACAUAAGUAUCUUCUACCCGAGGUCCAACAACAUCACGGACACGGUGCGCUUCGGUGCCGGCAUGGCCAUCCUCAGCCUGCUCCUCAAGCCGUUCUCCUGCUGCCUGGUCUACCACAUGUACAGGGAGCGUGGAGGCAUGCUCCCGCUGCACACUGGUUUCCUCGGGCCUUCACAGGAGCACAGCGCCUACCAGACGAUCGACUCGCCUGAGGCCCCAGCAGACCUCUAUGCAGGCCGGGAGGGCAAGGGUCACAGCCCGCAGGAGUACUGAGGCCAGCCCCGCUGCGCCGGGCCCCAGCUUGGGGGCCAGGAUGACGAACUGUAGGGGAAGUCUGGUCCGCUGGCCUUCCUCGUGCCCUGGAUGCCGUUCUAGAGCUGUACCUGGUCCCCUCCUUGGACCUGCCGUGGAAUGUGCCCUCCUGUGCCCCAUCUCAGGUGUUGCCUGAACGCCCCUGCGCACAUGCCUGUCCCCAGGUCCCCAGGGCCUCCCCUCCCUUCCAUGUACCCCACUGGUUCCAGGCGGGGAACUGUGGCCACUUUCUUCACCUCCACCCUUGGCUCCUACGUGCAGGCUCCAGGCCAAGCCACGCCUGAGGCUGGCAGAGCCCAGCCUCCAGGGGCCAGAGACGCCCCUGUCCCCGCCUCCCUGUUUGUCCAGCCCUCCCACAGAAGGCCUGUGGGCUUCCGGUUGUGCUUCGCCCCAGGAGCCGUCCAUCAGAGGGGGGUGAGGUCUUUGUGCUUCUCACUGCCUGGUCGGUUGGUCCCAGGAACCCCCGGGUUGGAGGUGGGAACUGCCUGCUACACCUGCCACCUGCCACAGCAUCCCCCUGCCCUUCUCAGAGCCAUGGCAUUAAAUUUCGAGGAUUUGGGUA